AUGGCCAGGCGUAAAGUCGAUCCCGCCAACCGCAUGAGAGUGUCCGAAGCAUGUGUGCAAUGUCGGGUGUCCAAGAAGCGGUGUGAUUCUUUGCAGCCAUGUUCGAAGUGUACCCUUCGAGGUAUACAGAAUUCCUGCACCUUCACUAAAUCUCUCUCCUCCGCUGGUCCCAAGCCGGCCACACCGCACAAACGUCCUCCUCGACCGCAGCAGCAGCAGCACCAACCAACAGAAGCACGAUUGCAACCUUCAUCGGGAUCAAACCGCUCCUCAGGCCCGGCGCUUGAGCGGGACAAUAAUUCGACUUGCACCUCGUCUCCUGUGGACACUCAGGAAGACCCUCCAGGCGAAGCGCGACACCGGACCCAGCCACGUUUGCUGAACGACUCGCGAGGCGAGAGAGUCUUUGUCGGUUCUUCAGCCUCGUUAUCUUUUCUGCAGUUUAUCAGAGAUGUUGUCGCCGGCUCGAUGGGCAUCUCCGACUUCACCCACGACACCGAGAAUACACGUAUGUUCGAGGCGGCUCAGUCGGACCCGGACCGAGUGACAAACUCCAAAAUUCACAUUGAUGCUUCAACCAAGCUGCAAUACGGCCAAAACUUUUGCCUGGUGACAAAAGGACUUCUGGGGUUUAUCACCACCCAGGAUCUGCCGCAUGUACUUGACUUGGAUACCACAGUCUCAUCCCAACAGGACACACAGAAGGCUGCGAUUGCCAACUUGGUUCUGGCCAUCGGAGCGCAAUGUGCUCCAGCAAGCCUGGAGCAGACUAGAAUCGAGAAGGAUUGCCUGGCUUCCGCCCAAGCUGCAGCAUACGCGGGCAUGUUGGAGUCCCCCAGCCUGGGCGCAAUCAAAGUGUUCUUGCUCCUGGGCUUCUAUAUGUUCGGAGCGUGUCGGCGGAAUGCCGGUUUCAUGUAUCUUGGUGUCGCGGCAAGGGCGGCAUAUGCGCUCGGACUACACAGCGACGAAUGUUGCAGUGCACUUCCCGAUCCCACCAAGGAACAACAACAUCUGGUUUGGAUGAGCCUGGUGACCAUGGACCAUAUUGUCAGCUCCAUCCUGGGCCGAGCCACAGCCUCACUAUUGCACCACAACGAUUAUAACCCUAAACAAAGUAUCGUCACCAUGACAGAAGCCCUCGGUGCCUCACAGCAAGCACUGUGUGCUAAUUAUCAAUUAUCGGAAUUGGUGAACGGGAUCAUCUAUACCUUGUACAAAAACCCCUCUGUCACCACCCAGGCCGCCGAUGAAUACCUAGAGAAAUUGGACAACUGGAGCAACGCCCUUCCCAGCAGUCUUCACCUUAACGAAGCGCCGCUGUCGACGGAUCAUCUUGCAUGGGAACGUGUCUGUGACAGUUUGCACGUGAGCUGCUAUUACCAUUUUGCCGUGAUCCUCGUCUGUCGUCCGUUUCUCAUUUCCCAGCUUUUGAACCGCCUACUGGGCAAUAAGCGCUCUGCGGGAUACUAUCCGUCCCGCAGCUCGCCACUCGAAAAUGACCAAGAUGAAGCCAGCUUGGCCAAGAAAUGCGUCACGGCUGCCACAUACAUGGCACAAACGUGCAGCGAAGUUCUUGAGUCUGGCUUUUUGCUUGAAAGCGGCCCCAUCCUCAAGGCGUGGAUAUUUGUGGCUGGAUUGGUAUUGGGACUAGAGAUGUUUGCAUUAGACACGCCUAAUGCAGAUGUCGAAGCAGCGUUCCGAGCCAGUCGUAGUGUGUUACAGAGACUUGGAACGCGGUCUGCUCAAGCGAAGCACUACUAUGACAUUCUCGGCUAUCUCGGAUCUGUCGUGAUCAAAAAGAGAGAAGAACAAGCCUCACAGUCCGGGGCACAGAGCGGAAGACGUGUUGCAAAGAUGCUCAAUUUUGGCAGCAAAAGAUCCUCGCCCGUCGUAUCCAUUGGUCAAGAUGAUUUUGCUGUUGAUCCCAUGUUUGACUUUGGCGACAUGGGACCUGGCUUCGGCAACAUCAACAAUUUGUUGUUUAGUAUGCAGGAUGACUUGGCGACUUACGAUGAUAUUCUCCUUGAGUGGAAUCAAACAAGCUCGCAGUUCUGA